AUGGUUGCUCGACAAGCGGCGAAAGUAUGGCAUGAUAAUACUUGCAUCGAUAUGAUCGAGAACUCUACAGGUAGAUGCAAGAAACUCAAGUCUGCAGCACAGUGCAAGAGGGGCUUUCCAAACCCACGAGAUUGUUCGCAAUGUAUCUGUCCUGGCGGAUAUGGAGGGCCUUUAUGCGAUCAGAGGCCUUAUGGAUGUGGCAAAACUUUGGAAGCUACUGAUAAACUCCAGACCUUCAGUUACACGCUUGGACAAAGUGGGAAUACUGCUCAAAGAAAGGGUAGAAGAGUGUAUAUUAGAAUCAAGGAUGUCUUUUCUCAGUGGAUCGGCCCUGGAUGCUUCACAGGAGGAUUAGAAAUCAAACCACAAAAAGAUCAACGUUUAACGGGAUAUAGAUACUGCAAACAGUCGAGCGCAGGCAAAGUUUUUGAAUCAGAAGUCGAUCUUGUUCCUGUCAUCCUUUACCGUGACCGCGGAAUGGUUAUAGCUCAGUGGGAAUACCGCAUGAGUAUGUUCUACUGA